CUGCAGACUACUCCUAUAACCGGUAGUUGAGUCCUCCUUUCUUUGCAGGAAUCUUCAUGAAUGGUAGAUAGAUGAAAGCACUGACACAGCCAUGCAUGCAUUUAAACUCUCACUCUUCUCAUCUCUUUUGCCAUUGCUCCAUCUCUUCAUCUAGUUAUUUGAAUUUUUAUCAACUUAGUAUACCUUUAUCUCACCUCAUCACCAACUCUAAUUAACAACGUUAACUUGCCUCUCUCUCCUCCCUUAGCUGCUCAUGGCACCAUGCAAGAACAGUGAGGCAUCUGCUAACUGUAAGAUGGUCAUGAACAAGGGAGCAUGGACAGUUGAGGAAGAUAGAAAACUUGCUGAUUAUAUUGAAGUCCACGGUGCUAAGAGAUGGAAAACAAUUGCAUUUAAAGCAGGUUUAAAAAGAUGCGGGAAGAGCUGCAGAUUGAGAUGGUUGAAUUAUUUGAGACCCAACAUCAAGAGAGGCAAUAUUUCAGAUGAAGAAGAGGACCUCAUUCUUAGACUUCAUAAACUACUUGGCAAUAGGUGGUCAUUGAUUGCUGGUAGACUUCCAGGACGAACAGACAAUGAAAUAAAGAACUACUGGAACUCUCAUUUAAGCAAGAAGAUUAAUAAGAAGGAGAAAGCAUCGGAUGAGUCUCCAUCAACUCAACCGCAGAAGAGCAUCACUGAGAAGACAUGUGACGCUGUUGCUGCAGUUGAGGAAAUGGUGGAAGAGGGUAGUAAAGAAGAAGCAAUCCCAGAGCGUAGCUUCGAUGUCAACCAGUUCUUAGACUUCUCCAUGGAAGGAACUUACGAUUUGGAGUGGUUGAACAAGUUUCUUCAGCUUGAUGAGGAUGCAUGGCUUGCCGCCGACAAUUGAGCGCUGUGUGUGCAUCAAGGUAGAGUCAACUCUUUGUUUCUUCGCCAAAUGAAUGGCUAAAGGCAUAUCACUCACCAUGUAAAUGGAUUCAAAUGUCGCUCACUCAAUCCUCUUGUUUCUCCUUAUUAAGUCAUAUACGUAUAAUACCCAU